AUGUCCGUCGAGGUUGUGCUCGGCACUCCCCUCGCGGAUGCCCUUAACAUGGCCAUCCAGGGCAAGAUCGCAGAGCUUGGAUGGGCCGGCCCCGGCACCGAAGGCUCUGCCAUGUCCGAGUACUUUCUCCUUAUGCUCGCCAACGGGAAGACGGAAUCCGAGAUUGCUGCCGAGAUUGCCGGUGACCUGCUCUCGCUCGGCCCCGACGACCAAACUGCCCCGGCAUUCGCAAAUUGGUUAUUCCAGCAGAUUGGUAUCCUCGGUGCGCAAUUAGGCCCCGGGCCAGCGCAGGCUACUGACGUCACGGAUGGUGGGAAUGAUGACCCCAUGGACGGCACUUUCGAUGCUAGCAUGGACGCAUCAGAUGCACCUGCUGCGGGCCUCAAUGCACCUACUGGCCCUAAGGCUAUGCGAAACGGAACCGGCAACAUGCGCGGCGGGCGGGAGAAGCGCAUCAUGGGCCAGAUCAACCGUGCACUAGAUCGGACACAGGACUCGGUACUUCACCGUGUCCGUAAUCAAUCCGGCAACGAGAGAAUUGGGAGGGGGCCCCCUGCUGGGCCAAGAAUGGGUGCGGGAAGGCAGCCGCGGGCAAAUAACACACGCGCCACCAACAUCGCCGCUGGACUGGCGGGCAUGGGCGGCAUGCCCCCCGGUGCUCCUAUGAAUGGAAUGGGCGGGAUGGCUGGGAUGAAUCCGAUGAACGCGGCCGGCUACGGACAGGCUGAUAUUUUUGCCAUGAUGGAGCAACAGAACCAGAUGCUUCAACAGAUGCAGCAACAACUGCUGAUCCAGCAGCAGAAUGGCGGCGGCCGCGGCGGAUACGCCCGUGGCAAGCAGCAGUUCGACCGUGGCGGCAGGGGGAAUCAGUUCCGGCGAGGCGGGGGGCACCACCAGCACAACGGUCACGCGGAGCAGCAACAACAGCAACAGCACGGUCCCGAAGGCCAGGCAGAUUCCGCCUCGCAAGGAGACGUUGACAUGACAGGAGCCAAGCGCGAGACGCCGAACCCUGACGAGACGGUGUGCCGAUUCAACUUGCGGUGCCAAAACAAGGACUGCAAGUUUGCUCAUCAGUCUCCGGCGGCACCCCCUGGCACCGCUAUCGACCUCAAGGAUGUUUGCACGUUCGGCGUGGCUUGCAAGAACCGCAAGUGCGUUGGGCGCCACCCAUCGCCAGCGACCAAGAUGGCGCACCAGGGCGAGCAGGACUGCAAGUUCUUCCCCAACUGCGCGAACCCGCACUGCACGUUCCGGCAUCCCACCAUGCCGGCCUGCCGAAACGGUGGCGAGUGCAAGGUGGCCAACUGCAAAUUCACCCACGUCAAGACCCCUUGCAAGUACCGCCCAUGCACCAACCGCAGCUGCCCGUUCAUGCACGAGGAAGGCCAGCGAGGCACCUUCCAGGACAAGGUGUGGACGGCCGAAGACGGGCAGGAGCAUGUCAGCGAGCGAAAGUUUGCCAGCGACGGCCCGGAGGACCUCGUGCUCCCCGGAUCGGAGGAGCGCAUGGACCAUAUUCCGGAUGCCGAACCCGCUGAAGUGGUCAUCUAG